UGUUUGCCCUGGCAGCUUUCUCUCUGCCCCGCUGCUUACCGUCAUCGUCCAUUUUCCUCGUUGUCGCAAUCCCACGUGGCGUGCAAUCAGUGAAGCCGGGUUGAUUGAGAAUAUUUUCCCGCCACGAGGGGCACUGCUGCGUCAGUCCAAUUGGGACUGACGGAGUGCCGACCGAGAACGAGUGACGAUGGCCACGCUGGCGGGUGAACGUGUCGGCCGAGGUGGGCAACAAGGCGGCGCUGCUAGAUGCAGUGCCACGGUUGUCGCACCGCUGGCGACGAUAGCGGUGUUAGUGCUUCUCGCCUUAGUGCCUGCCGCUUAUGGCUACGGCGUGAAGGAAUUCAUGAGGGAUUACAAGAAUCCGAGCGUGUCGCGCAUCCAGGUGAGUGGCAACGUGAUCCUCACUUCCAACCUCCCGCGUCUGGAGCGCAACCUGACGAUCGUCGGCGCGGGACGCAAACGUCCCGUGAUCGACGGUCAGAACAAGUACAGCGGUAUCGCUACGAGCGACGUGCUGGUCGUCAGAAACGUGGAGUUCAGGAACUUCGUGACGCGCGAGGGGAGCGGCGGCGGCGCAAUCAAGUCCUUCGGGGACAACAACAAGUUGGAGCGCUGUGUGUUUCGGAACAACAAGGCGUUGUCGAACGGCAGCGACAGCGACGCCGGAGACGGCGGGGCGAUUUCCUUCUAUGGAAACACCUGGACAAUCACUAACUGUGAGUUCAUCGGAAACCGUGCCGACGGGGUAGGAGGCGCGCUGUGGACUCUGGGCGAGAGCAGCGGCAGGGUCACUGGCAGCGUGUUCAAGAAUAACUAUUCCAAAAGCAGAGGCGGCGCCAUAGGCUUCCGCGGCUCGUUCGCGCGCGUCGACAAAUGUACCUUCGAAGGCAACAAAGAGGAUGGGGAGGGCGGCGGAGCGCUGUCCUGCUCCAGAUCGGCAUGCUACAUCUCAAAUACCGCUUUCCGGAACAACGUGGCCAAGGGAGACGGCGGCGCAAUCCGUUUCUUCGGCGAUGAGGAGGGAGGGUUCGGGGUUCUGUGCAAAGGAAACACCUUCUCUGGCAACAAGGCGACGAACAGCUCGAGCAGCAACAUUUACAUCAGGGUGGACGAGGGCGGGGGAUUGUCAUGGAGCUUCUGCGCCAAGGCGCCGCCCAAUACCUUCAUUGAUGGACCGAGCGGCAGUACCAAGAACGGCGAUUGUAAGGGAUGCCCGAAGUGAGAAAGAAGCGAACGCCGAUUUGAGGUCAAGGCGGGCGGGCCGGACUGGGCAUUGCCAUUUGGAUCCUCGUUGGAGCUGUACUGGGCCAAACUCACUGGCUAUUCCCGCGCUGAGCGGCUGGGGUAUUUCGUGUCUGGCUCUUCGUUAAUGCUACUGAUGUUGAUUGCCAUCAUAUACCGGGCGAUAACUGUUUUCCUUCCUUUCGACCUAGUUAGGGCCGAGCCAAUGUCUGGUUCGAGGUGGAAGCUUUACUGAUUCUGCGAAUGAUGUGGUCAUUUACAUCACGGAGGCAUCAGCUUGGCAUGGUGUAGCGAUGAAGGUGGCAGUCCGCUGUGGCGGGCUGAGCGCGUUCGAAAGUCGUGUUUUUUUUUUCUAAGUAGAUUGUAUGGGAGCAGGUCUGUGCGUAGUUAGUCAGAUAUCACGACAUGGGCGUAGAGAGAGGAAGACCUAUCACAGGCUGCGGGCUCUCUUUCUCUCUCCUGGUAUGUAGUACUUGCCUGUUCUCCGAGCUGGCUUUCAUCUUCCCUCCAAUCCAUACCUCAAAUCGAAAUGACCGUCUUGCUUUCGACCUGUCCUACUUCGGAACUUGAAUGCUACCGUAGUUAGGUGAUGGCAUCCCGACUCGUGUGUAAUCAAUCUUCUCGCUUCCACGUCAGUUGUGCAGCGAAAAAGAAUAGAACGACCACUUUAUGAUGAUCGUACGGUUUUUAAUAAACUCACUUUUUAAAG